UUGCCCUUCCCCAAGAUGGCGGCGCGGGCUUCACCCCGCUCCAAGAUGGCGGCGCGGCGGCCCAGCCCGGCGGGCGAAGGGGGCGGUGACGGCGGCCGGUGUAGCCGGUGUCCUUGUCGGGGCCGGGCGGGCGCGGAGCCAUGCUGGCCUUUGUGGCCAGGGCCGCGCACAUUGCCAGGUGGAAGAGGAAACCGAGAGAGGCCGAGGGAGAGGUUUACCAUCUUUUCUGUCCUCCCAGCCAUGGAUAGCAAGCAGAAGCAAGCAGAGAAGGCCAGGCCCUACGGCCUGCUGAAGCCGACGGCCUUAGGCAAGAUCCCAGGCAGAUUCCAACUUCACCAGGAAGCUUUGCCCCAUCUCCCUGUGCCACCGCUCCAGCAAACGCUGGACCGCUACCUACAGGCUCUGCAGCCCAUCAUCAGCGAGGAGGAGCUGAACCAUACGCAGGAGCUGGUGGCUGAGUUCCGCAAGCCUGGAGGCGUUGGGGAGAGGCUACAGAAAGGCCUGGAGAGAAGAGCCAAGAAAACGGAGAACUGGCUCUCAGACUGGUGGUUGAAGACAGCUUACCUGGAAUAUCGCCUGCCGGUUGUGGUCCACUCCAGCCCAGGUGUGGUUCUACCUAAGCAGGAUUUUCUAGAUCGACAAGGUCAGCUCAGGUUUGCUGCCAAGCUGAUCGAGGGCAUCCUGGAUUUCAAGACCAUGAUUGACAAUGAGACCCUCCCAGUGGAGUACAUGGGUGGGAAGCCCCUCUGCAUGAACCAGUACUACCAGAUCCUCUCAUCCUGCCGCAUUCCUGGGCCCAAGCGCGACUCCAUUGUCAACUAUGCCAAAGGCAAAAAGCAAUCCAGACACAUCACAGUGGUUCACAACUUCCAGUUCUUUGAGCUGGAUGUUUACAACAGUGAUGGAAGUCCCCUUACCACUGACCAGCUCUUCAUUCAGCUGGAGAAGAUAUGGAACACCUCUCUCCAAACAAACAAAGAACCUAUUGGGAUCCUCACCACCAACCACCGGAACAGCUGGGCAAAAGCCUACAACAACCUUCUGAAAGAUAAGACCAACAAGGAAUCCGUGCGUAUGAUUGAGAAGAGCAUUUGCACCGUCUGCCUUGACGCGCCCAUGCCACGGGUGUCUGAAGACGUCUACAAGAGCCGCGUGGCCGCUCAGAUGCUGCACGGCGGAGGCAGUCGCUGGAACAGUGGGAACCGAUGGUUCGACAAAACCCUCCAAUUCAUCAUCGCUGAAGAUGGCUCCUGCGGUCUGGUGUACGAACAUGCUCCCUCAGAAGGGCCACCCAUUGUCGCUCUUCUGGAUCACAUCGUGGAGUACACGAAGAAACCUGAGCUGGUCAGAUCACCCAUGAUUCCUUUGCCAAUGCCCAAAAAGCUGCGGUUUAACAUCACCCCAGAAAUCAAGAAUGACAUAGAGAAAGCAAAGCAGAACCUCAACAUAAUGGUUGAAGACCUGGAUAUCAAAGUCAUGGUCUUUCAUCAAUUUGGGAAGACCUUCCCCAAGUCAGAGAAGAUAAGCCCUGAUGCCUUUAUCCAGCUUGCCUUGCAGCUAGCGUAUUACAGGAUGUAUGGCCACCCCUGUGCCACAUAUGAGAGUGCAUCGCUAAGAAUGUUCCGCCUGGGCCGCACAGACACCAUCCGCUCCACUUCUAUAGCCUCCCUUAAGUUUGUGCAAGCAAUGGACAGCCCUGACAAAUCGGACCAGGAGAAAGCAGACUUGCUGCACCGAGCUACCCAGGCCCACAGGGAAUACACGGAUAUGGCAAUAAGGGGCCAUGCAAUAGACCGCCACCUCUUGGGCUUGAAGCUUCAAGCCAUCGAGGACCUAGUGAGCAUGCCAGAGCUCUUCAUGGACACUGCAUACGCUGUUGCGAUGCACUUCAACCUCUCAACCAGCCAGGUCCCAGCAAAGACAGACUGUGUGAUGUGCUUUGGUCCCGUGGUUCCAGAUGGCUAUGGAGUCUGUUACAACCCUAUGGAUGAACACAUCAACUUCGCAAUUUCGGCGUUCAACAGCUGUGCAGAAACAAACGCAGCCCGCAUGGCACAUUAUCUUGAGAAAGCACUGCUAGACCUGAGGGUCUUGCUCCAGUCCACUCCCAGAUCCAAACUCUAAGAGGCAAACACGAUGUGAAACCCCCAACUAAAGGGGUUACCCCUCGUGCGCUGAAGUUCCCAGUUCCUCAGAAAAUUAUUUGAGAGGAUGGCUUUCCCUGACUGGAACCUAGGAGGGCAUCUACCAUUUGUGGUCAGCAAGAGGUUACAGAGUGGUCACCCGCAGAUAUCGGACUCUGUGGGGAGAAGAAACAUUGUCUUAAGCUGAAAUAUAACUGACUGGUCCUCUCCCAUCAAUGCAAAGUGCACCUUCCUGUCCUCAAAGAGGACCAACACAUGAUUUGUAUGGAACUUACUGUAAAGGAAUACAGAAAGCACAGUCCUUACCAGUAUCUAAAUCCUUUUGGUGAGGAAGGUUGUUCUCCAGGAAAAGCAGAGAAUGUUUUUUGUAUGAUGGAACUACUGUCAGACCAAGUCUUUUUGCUGGUUUAGCUUCCGAAGAGCGCAGCGUCUUUCAAACCUGACUGAGGACUUUUCUGCUGCUCCAGCAAAACACCACCAUUGAACUUCGGCAAGGGGAGAAAGAAGUUCUUAAGUCAGAGCAAAUCCAGUCCUGUUAAGAGUGCAGUGCACUAAUCCUGCGCACUCCAACCAUUACAUGCAGUACAGGCCUGGGAACACUCCCUUCCCCUUGUUUUAGGAUGCUGGGAUCUCCUUUCUGUUGCACUGACCCCAUUAACAACAGAAUAUGGUUCGCUACAAACUAAUCUGGGUUUGUUGUUAUUGCUGUUGUUGUUCUGGGCUUUUUGUUAAGCUGCUGUUGUGGUCCUGGCCAUGGAUCUUCAGGCUCAGCAUAAAGCUGCUUCCCCACAAAGCUUCACAAAACUUCUUUCUCAUAGAGGUUUUGCUAGCUUUGGAGAGGUGAGAAGGGAUUGCCUAUGCAUUUAGGACACUUGCUUUGUUGUCCCUUCCUCUGGAAUUGAGGAAAAGCAGCAGAUGCUGACCUUCUGUUUACUGCCCAGAUGGCCACACACCUUGUCUCCUUCAGGGCGCAGACGUUAACCCAGCAUGGGUUUAUCCCUUGCUUUCAGAAACAGCAUAUUUGUCCACAAGGUGUUGUGCUCAAGUUGUGGACAAAUGAGAAUGUUUCUGAGCAGGAACUGCAGAACAAACUUCCGUUUCUGGCCCACAGAGUCCCAAUCUUUUAGAAUCAAAGGAGAAACACCUGCAAAACCACCCUUCUUUUACAUCCCUCUGCUUUAAGAAGGCAGAAGGCCUUGGAAAGCGGGGAAAAAAGCUAGGAAUACGUGGGCACUGUAGAUGUUUGUCCACUGUGGCAGCCACUGUUCUGUAGUAACUACAGCACCUUUUCUGCCAUUCUUGGGAGUUUUUCCUUACUGCCGUGUCAACUCAGCUUUGUGUCAGCUCUGUUCUGCGAGAGAAUGAUCUCAUGACAGUGUUUUCAUGUUCAGCCGUCAAACUUGAGACGGGAAAAGACUAUAUAAUUAACAUACAGCUGUAGCGUAGGAAUUUUUGUAAGCAUUCUUCCAAUGAAGCUGCCAGGAUCCAAGCUCCCGACUAUACUUUUACUUGUUAAAAGUAUAUGGUAACGAAGAAUCCCAGUGCUUUUUCUGCAAGAGGAAUUGAAUAUUUAAAUUGCGCACCUUCCAAGUUGCGGCUGCUGGGACAUCGCCACGAACAAGAAGCAGUAGGAGUCUGACAGGCUGGUUCAUUACAGGGGAAUACUUGAUCAUAAUUGCUACUUUUCUGAUCAUAGAACAGCGAGGAAUAGGAACAAAGUGCCUUAGCGAACAUCUGUGAAGAAAUUUGCACUAAAUCUGUUCAAAGUAAAAGAGAAAAAAAUCCCUCAUCUGCUUCUUGAAAGACAUAAGCCAACACUACUCCAUUUUUCCUAAAAGGAUGUCCUUUCAAAGCUUCUACACCUAAACAAUUCUUAAAAUGGAAAAUUUAACUGAAACUCACCUGCACAGCCAGUGAUUGUAUGAACUGCCACUUUCAUGUCAUCUACAUGGAUUUAGUUGAUCUUUUACAAGAAUCCCGAGUGGACUGAGAUACAGCAGGAGCCCUACAACCCUGCUCUCCUGACUCCUCUGUCUGAAUUAGCCUGAAAACUGCAAGAGGAUAUUCCAUAUUAUCACAGUGUAAGUGAUCGUGCAAAUACUACACAAGAUACCAAACCUUGCCCAGAUAACAUCUGGAGGAGCCUUUUACAUUAAAAUAAUAUUCCUUUUGCCAAAGUAAUCUUCCCCCUGUACUGAAUCAACCUCCAACCUCUCUUGCUAGGGGAUGAGGUAUUUUUCACUGUCUGCAAUGCUUUCGACCACUGAGGCUACGGUAUUGCCUCUGAAGUAUUUGAGGCUGGCCCUUUUCCACUUCUGUCUCAAAGGGGAAGGCUCUCAAAAGGAAAGUGCCUAUUAAAGAUUAAGCAGAAGCACACACUGCUGUGACUGCAUCGCAGAAGAAUGGAUUGAUCUGUUCUGGAUCUAAAUCUGUAUAUCCCAAUAGCUUCAGCAGAGUACAGCUGCAAGAAGCAGACUGCCACAUGGAAAGAGAUACAAGAUCCAUAAACCACUUAAUGCAUCCUUAAUGACAGAUGGAGCUGAAAUUCAGAUGAAUGAAGCCGAUUUUUUAAGUGCUUGAAAGGACACUAAAAUCAGUACAAAGUUUUUCCUUUAUAAAGUCUUUCCUUGUUGUACAAGUUCUAAAAUGUGAUGUCCUGAUUCAUACCUUCUUGGUCUUUUCAGUGACAGCUUAGAGGAUACUAUUCUCCUCCCUGUUGCAGAUUGUUUUAUCGAGAGAUGUCCACUGUCGUAAGGGCACAUAAAUGAAGGAAACUUAAAUUACCAAUUUGGAGAAAACAAAGAAACGCAUAGACUGAAAAUACUCAGAUAACUCUUGGGGGAUGAGUGCAAUUUGUGACACAGCCUGGUGGUGUUGCAUGCUUUGCUGGUUAGCUGUGUUCAGUACUGUUUCGGUAGCGUAAUCCAUGUCAUGCAAAGUUUUGAGAUGUUCUUUGAAUAAACUGAGACACAAUAAACAGAAGUGCUAAAAAAAAAA